AGUGGCGGUUUGACUCCGAGAUUAACAAAGUAAGUACUGCUGACAAUAAACAGCAAACACAUAAAUAAUGGUGGAAGAAGAGAAUUAUGUGACAGUGAUAUUUCAGACAAAGGGAGAUCCAACAUACGUGACGCCAAAAGACACAGAAACAAUCUAUGAUGAGGUGAACACCGAGGAGAGGAAAUGGGAUGCAUCCUUUGUAAUAACAGAGAAUAAAGAGUUAGCUCCACCCUGUAGCCGGCUUGUGUUGGUUGUGACAGGUCUGGUGAUUAUUUGCCUCAUCUUGGUGUCAGUCAUCAUCGCCCUCAUCUUCCACUUUAACACAGUCAUGAGUGAGCAGCAAAGAGAAAUGGCCAACAUCACAGCACAGAACCUGCAGCUGAUGACACAGAAAACAUCCUCAGAGCGACGGACAGAGGAGCUGACCAGACAGAGAGACCAACUCAACUGGACCAUCGGAGUCAUCAUGGAAUAUCAGGAAUUUUCAGUGGAAAAACACUGCCCACAGAAAGUGUGUAAACCUUGCCUGGAUGGCUGGGUGCUGUUUCAAUCAAGCUGUUACUUUUUUUACCAACAUGAAUAUUCGUUUUAUUGGAGGACCUGGGAUGAAAGUCGUGAUCAAUGCAAAAUGUAUCAGGCGGCUCUGGUAGUGAUCGAAAGUCAGGAAGAACAGGAAUUUAUCAGCAACCACACUAAGGACUACCACACUGAUGAUAAGCACGGCUACUGGAUCGGUUUGAGAGCAGAGAGCCCAAAGGACACGUGGACGUGGGUAGAUGGAAGUAAUCUCACUGUGACGUACUGGAAAAUGCAACAAGCUGUGAACAGAAGAUAUUGUGCUUUAAGCCUACCAAAAGCGCCCCCUCUGGCCAACUGGGGCAAAGAGAGCUGUGACAUGAGAAACUGUUGGAUCUGUGAAAGACGAGCGUUAAUUAAAGCAGAUUAGGAAUCAGUCCCAGUAAUAGAAUUGUUAUUUAAUGUGACAGUAACUCCUUGUGUUUUUUGAAUUAAAGGCAAUGAGCUUUUUUUCUGUGUCAAACUGAUUUUGUAA